GGGUUGGUGGGAGGGGUCAGCAUGAGAGCUUAGGGCCCGUGUAUAAGAGCAGGUCCAGGUGAGAGAGAAGGGACACAGCAGAACGAGGAGCUGCAGAACACAGGAGACACACAAAGGUGCCACAGAGAACAGAAAGGUAGUAAUCAUGAUCCGAGGUCUGCUGUCGGUGCUGUUGGUCCUGGUGGCCAUAGCCGUGUCUUCAUCUCUGGCUAAGCCUGAGAAGAACAUCGCCAAGAGGGGGAAGAGGAUCCCUCAGACUCUCUCCAGAGGCUGGGGUGAUCAACUAAUCUGGGCUCAGACCUAUGAGGAGGCUCUGUACUGGGCCAGGGCACAGAACAAGCCUCUGAUGGUCAUCUUCCACCUGGAGGACUGUCCUCACAGUGCAUCCAUGAAGAAGGUCUUCGCUGAAGACAAGGACAUCCAGAAGGUGGCUGAUGAAGACCUCAUCGUCCUCAAUCUGGUGUAUGAAACCACAGACAAGCACCUUUCCCCUGAUGGCCAGUAUGUCCCUAGAAUCAUCUUUGUCGAUCCCUCUAUGACAGUGAGAGCUGACAUCACAGGGCGCUACUCCAACCGUAUGUACGCCUAUGAGCCUUCUGACAUCAAACUCUUACUGAGCAACAUGCAGAAGGCCAAGAAGCUGCUGAAGACUGAGUUGUAAGCACUGACUCAUCAUGUAACCAACCUCAUGACCUUUGGCCUGCGACUUCAGAGGUUCUCCGAACAUUGUCUGAACGUUCUCUGGAGCCUAGGAGUCAGCCAGUGGCAUACUGUCACCAUGUAAACCUAAGCACUGGAAAGAACUAGUCUUCACUUUCACAAAACGCAAUUCCAUUUUUUUAAAUUCUGUUAUUUUUCCUGAACUUCUCUGUCUUUGUAAUGUAUUGCUGUACAUCUGAGAUGUCUUUUUAUUAAAUAUAGUGCAAUUAUGAAAUGA